AAUAAUCAAGUAGCAGUUCAUUGUGUUCUUAAGUCCCGGCGAGAAUGCAAAUGCAGAGAAACCUUGGGUUUCAACAGCAAUGCUAUGGCACUGGGACUCAACAGGGGAGCUACGGGGUUCACGAGGAGACUUGGAGCUCCAGGAACGGCCAUCACAACCAAUUCCCAGGAAAGCGCAUGACAAAUGGUGCUUAUGUUGAUUCUCAUGACUACCAAAUGCACCUUGGCAUGUUCAAGGAAGGCCACCACGGUCCCUCCGGUCACCAUGGCCAUUUCGCCGGUGGUCAUACCCUCCCUUUUGGAGGGCCCACUCUGUUUUCAAACGGGCCGAAGCACUCGCACCAGCCGGGGCAUGGCCGUGACUAUUUCUCGGAGGUGAAUAGAUAUGAAAUGCAAAACAGCGCAGGUAAGGUGAAGGUGGAUGAAAUGAGAUACGAGCGCCAUAACUGGGGCGGCGGCAAUGGCGGCUUCUCUGCUAACCCUUAUGACAGGAACAUGAACAACGGGGUUCACAAGUUUGACUGGCAAGUGAAAGGUGUCUAAUUCGUCAUCGUCAUCAUCGAUCUCACUGUAAUAAUAAAGUGUGUGCUUGCUUGCUCUGUUUCCGAAUCAAAUAAACCUCCACUUGAUCGUGCUUGGCUCCAAGUCCAUGUACUAUCUAUCUUAUCCUAUUCGUCAAUAAAAGCUGUUCUGAAGUGAUGUGUUUGAUA